UUUCCCCCUCUUCUCAAAGGAAGUGUGCACUUCCUGUCAUAAGAGUAAGGCAGAUUAGGUUUUGUCUGCGUCGGCGCAGCUGAUGGCAGCAACGCAGUGGACGCGACGCUAGCAGCUGGGCUUGUUUUCAAGAGAGGAGAACGGACAGAAAACGAGAGCGCGUGGCAUAUUGCGUGCGUGCGUGUGUGUGUGUGUGCGUGUGUGUAUGAGUGAGAGCAAGGGCUAGCGCUAGUCUGGCAGUCUGUGUUUUCAGUAAGGGUGCGUGAGAGAGAGCGAGAGAGAGAGAGAAAGCUGGGAUAAAAGAAGGCUUGGAUCAGCUUUGGUCUUGUGCAGUCUUUUAACGAGGCAUGUUUCACAGACACAGGCGCACCGAGGCAGAAACAGGAUUUGUUCCAAGCGUUCAGGACUUUGACAAGAAGCUUGCCGAAGCUGAUGCCUAUCUUCAGAUUCUCAUUGAUCAGCUCAAGCUCUUUGAUGAAAAAAUAAAGGACUGCAAAGAAGAUGAGUCACGCAGAAAAAUUGAGAACCUAAAGGAUACAACUUGUAGUAUGGUAGAGUCCAUCAAACACUGCAUUGUACUACUUCAAAUUGCCAAGGAUCGAGGUAAUGAUCAGCAGCACGCAAACGGACUGAUAAGCACCAUCAACCCAGUGGAUGGGAUAUACCAGCCCAGCCCUCUGGACUCAGACGUUGUCAACGCCAUGCCAACACAGACCACCCUCCCCACAGAUGGGGCACAGAUGUGCAAAACUGAGCAGAGGCCGUCGUCUCUGCCGGUGGGUCCCGUAGCCACAGUGAUGGGCAGCCUGCAGACGCCCACCCCCAACAGCACGGGGAGCGUGCCCUCAGCGCCCAGCAGCAGCGUGGCGUCGCCGGCCCACAUGAGCCUGCCCGCCCACAACGUGCCCGACUUCUCCUACUCCAGCAGUGAGGACGAGGAGUUCUACGACGCCGACGAGUUCUCCAGCACCUCUCCCAAACACUGCACCGAGACUCCUACCACCCUGCCCAGUGCAGAGGGUCCUACGCUGAAGCGGCCGGACACCAAUGAGUCCCUCAACUCCUCCAUGUCCAAUGGCACUACGGAUGCAGACCAGUUUGACAGCCACGACGAACGGGACGAUGACGGCGAGGGCGAGUCCGUGGAGGAGCACAAGAGCGUCAUCAUGCACCUCCUCUCGCAAGUGCGCCUGGGCAUGGACCUCACCAAGGUGGUGCUGCCCACAUUCAUCCUGGAGAGGAGGUCGCUGUUGGAGAUGUACGCCGACUUCUUUGCUCAUCCAGAUAUAUUUGUCAGCAUCGCAGACCAGGCAGAGGCCAGGGACCGCAUGGUGCAUGUGGUGAAGUGGUACAUGUCCGCAUUCCACGCCGGCCGCAAGGGCUCUGUGGCCAAGAAGCCCUACAACCCCAUCCUGGGAGAGGUGUUCUUCUGCCACUGGGAUCUGCCUUCUGAAUCAGAUGACCCAACCGCCUCGGAGCCUCUGUCGGAGGGUCCAGUACCGGGGUGUGGGAAAAACAGCGUGUCAUUCGUAGCAGAGCAGGUCUCUCACCACCCCCCAAUAUCUGCAUUCUACGCGGAGUGCCUCAGCAAAAACAUCCAGUUCAACGCCCACAUCUGGACCAAGUCCAAGUUCCUGGGGAUGUCCAUCGGGGUCCACAACAUUGGCCAAGGCUGUGUGUCCUGUCUGGAACAUGAUGAACACUACAUCCUCACCUUCCCUAACGGAUAUGGCAGGUCGAUUCUCACCGUGCCGUGGGUGGAACUGGGUGGCGAGUGCAACAUCUCCUGCUCCAAGUCGGGCUACAGCGCCAACAUUGUGUUCCACACUAAGCCCUUCUACGGUGGCAAGAAGCACCGCAUCACAGCCGAGAUUUUCGCCCCUAAUGACAAGAAAUCCUUCUGCUCCAUCGAGGGCGAGUGGAACGGGGUGAUGUACGCUAAAUGGGCUUCGGGGGAGAACAAUAUAUUCAUCGACACAAAGAGAAUAGGCAUCAUCAAGAAGAAGGUGAGGAAGUUGGAGGACCAGCUGGAGUAUGAGUCUCGAAGCCUCUGGAAAGAUGUGACCUUGAAUUUGAAACUCAAGGACAUUGAUGCGGCGACGGAAGCCAAGCACCGGCUGGAGGAGAAGCAGCGGGCGGAGGCCAGAGAGAGGAAGGAGAAUGAAACGCAGUGGGAGACCAGGCUGUUUCAUGAGGACGGCGAGUGCUGGGUGUACGACGAGCCCCUUUUGAAGAGGACGGCGUCAUGGCACUGAAGCCAGCCCUCCUCUUUCCCAAUCCCACCGUCCCCAUCCAAGACAUGUCCCGCCAACACACUCGAGUCUUAAUAAGAACUCUAUUCUCCUUUCGCCAACCACUUCUCUCAUCCGAGCUUUGGAAUGAACAACUGGCCUUUUGACGCGCACACACACACACACACACACAAACACACACACACACACACACACACACACACACACACACACACACACACACACACACACACACACACACACA